AUGCCCACCUUCGCCUACUGGCGCCGCGACCAACGCCGUUCUGCGGUACCACCCGCACCCCCUCUGCCCAUCCCGCCGCCAACAUCCUCGAAAGGAGGAAACGAGAGCCCUGUUGGCAGUCCUCUACAGCUCCCAGCGCUCCCAGAUACCCCUAUACUCACCAGGACACUUGGCGAUGCUCCCUUCAUUGACGUUCCCCCACCUCCAACGAGCGACUCGCGGCUCGAGACCGACACUGCCAAGCUAGAUAUCACUACAUCCACAACAGCGCUCUCCUCGUCGUUCAGCCCUGCUGCUCCGUCUCCAUUCACAGAAACGGAACAUCGUCCCCAUUCGAGUUCCGGCCCCGGGGAGCGCGAUCGAGAACCGGCCCUGAUCUCAUCCGACUACUCCCAACUGCCCUUCCCGAGCCCAAGUCCACAGCAAGACCAGGCGAGCGAGGGCGAGCCGAACUCCAAGCCUAACUCACCUUUUCGUCGGUCUUUUGUUGGCGGGAAGGGAUUACGCACGCUGCAGGCUCAGCCUGUGGACACACAAAAACGGUCGCCCACUGCAGCGGCGGGCAAUACGGGCCACUUUCGUUUCAGGGCUUCACCCGACGAGUCAUCCCCGGAUAAACAAAACAUGCAAAAGGAGUUUAAAGCAGAGGGGGUUGGUGCUGUGGCACGCCGGGCUGGGGAUCGUGAUAUUUCGGCGGACCACACACAUCACAAGUCCGGCAAGGCAAUGCUUCAUCUGCUAAACCCCAUGUCUCUUCUUGCUCGCCGGAGAUCUUCUCAGGUGCCCGGCUCGCGGACCGACGAUGCCAACAUUGGGGCGCAGAAUUUGGUUCCUGCUAUUCCAGACGACUAUGACCCGCGAAUUCGAGGGAAUAUCGUACAUGACUUCUCUGCCCCUCGCCCGCGGCGCAAUCUAUCAGGACCAGAUGCAAACACUCAGAGUGCACAUGAACCGUCUCCGUCGCAGUCGGGAGGACCAGAUCCAAAAUCUCCAUGGAGUGAUCAUCAAAAGAGACUGAGUGAUCACUCACCAGUUUUUAAAGAACAUUUCGAAGAUGAUCAGAAUGUGCUACAAGUCGAGAACAAGGCCUGGCUACGAGAAGUCGAUACCCGUUUUUGCAAGGAAGCUUCCGUCUCGACUCCCAGACCAAAACGAAGACACCGCCAGCCCCCGGAUUCAGAGCCUGCCUCGGAUUCACCGAAGAAGACAAGCCCUCCGCCGGCGGACACUCAGGAUCAAGAUCAAGACACCAUCCCGUAUGUCCCUUCACAGCUCUCAGGUCUGCCGAAACAUUUCAAGAGCAAUGCCUCUCGCUUCAGUUUCGACAUGAACGGCGUAGAGUCUUCUGUACAGGAAAAGCUUCUAGAAGAAAAACACAAGGAGAAAGCAGCCGCGCGCAGAUUGGAACAGAGCUUUUUUGAUGACUUUGACGAUGACUUCGAUAACGAAAUCUUGGAUGAUGUCGACGGUCUCGAGGAGAGAAUUCCCGGUGUCAAUGCGGAUGCUGAUGAUGAUGAUGACGAUGAUGAUUACAAUACCCUCUCGGUUUCUCGUGAUGUCAACGGUGAGGUCAAGUCCUGGGCCGUACCUGGAUUGUCACCUGUCGCGGCCAGCCCGAUCACUCCCGCUGCUCCCCAGCCUAGCCAGUUCGCGUCCUACCAAUAUGAGGAUUCCCCCUUUGGAGGGAAUGCGACACAACAGUCACAGCAAGUGCCUCCCGAAUCUUCGGAGACUAAACGACAGGGACACUUCUCCAUGAGCAGUAAUCCAGCCCAGACCUUAGAGGAUGACGACGACGAUCUCUAUUUCGACGACGGUGAUUUUGGGGACCUCACCCUUGCGGGAGAUGAUGAAAACAAGGUGGACGAAUCCAUCUUCGACGACGAAUCGAACCAUCUCUUUGCUCCAAACCCUGCUGGCGAGCAUGUCGUUCCCAUUCCUUCUACAGAUGACGGAAAACUCCGCCGCAAUGACUCAGUCGCGAAAGAGAGCGUCGUGGAAGAGGAUGGCAAUCCGGGUCUCAAGCAUAUGCCUAGUGUGGCCAGUGACUACCGGGUUACUGCUUCAAUCAAGCGUGGACCCUUGGGCGAGCCGAUCCCCAACAUGGGUCCUACACGAGGCCACGGCGGCGUGUUGACAGAGCAAAACCUGGAAGUGCUACAUCAUGCGCUGGCGUUCGCAGCCAACGAGGCAGCCACUAAAAGCCGAUUUGAGAGAACCUUUAGCGUCAGCGAGAAAUCUAUUGGACGAGACAGCGUCUCUGGCGCCUCGCAAACAGGCGAGCCGGGCCUCAUGUCUGACGACAGCCGCCUGAGUCAGGCAGCCGAUAUCAUGACAUACGAGGACGCCUUCGAAGAUUUGAUCUACGACGACGAUGCGCUGUACGAUGACCCAAUCGUCGCGGCCGCCAACGCCGAAGCACUGGAAAACGACGACGAAGGGUUCUACGGCCAGGAAUUCGGGUUCUAUGCCCAAGCGCACGGCGCCUGUGACUCUGACUCCGAGCUCACCAACGGCGGAUACUUUGGCCCGCGUGGCGUGGAUGGUAUCUCGCGCAGCCACAGCGGCGGCGGCAAAUUCCAAGAACCCAGUCUGACACCUAUCACGGAGCGCAGCGAAUGGAGCACGCGCAACUCGAUGAUCUCGCUGAAAGCCCACGGCGCGGGGCACUCCAACGCCUCUCUGGCCAGUCCUGGCUUGGCGCAGCUCGUGGACAUGGGCAAUCUCGACGACGAGAUGUCGCUGAGUGCCCUCAUGAAAUUGCGCCGCGGCGCCUGGGGUGGUAGUAAUGGUAGUCUACGCAGCAGUGCCGGCAGUCCGCCGCCACAUACCCUGACUUCCUCGAAUCGGGGCAGCUUCAUUGCUGCUUCUGAAGCCAGUCCGACAGUCUCAGACGUGCGGCCAUUUAGUACAGACGAUGGUCUCUCUGCUGGUGGUCACACUAGCGAGAGACCGUCAACCGAGGCCUUUUGA